AGCAGGUCAGGGGUCGGGUGUGUGUGUCUGAUUCAAGCUCUGUCCUGUUACCGACUGUACUGCUUCUAGGGCGACCGUUCAUUUGUCACAGACACAAAUUAUGCUACUAUGAUUCCACAACAAUCCACCGGUUACCUGUGUGCUCUGUUACUAUAUCCGUGUCUGUCCUACACAGUAUCUGGUGAAGACGCUUGUCCCUGUGUGACUGGCUCCAACUGCUCCGAGAACUGUACAUUAGUGAAUAUAGCUCCACAAGCAACGAGUAACUUUUCAUCUGGGUACAACAUAAACUACACCAUCACCGGUCAGGCAGCCUGGGUUACUGACGGUGUGACGUCAGGGCCGUGUGCAUCAGUCUCGUCCCUAUAUCCCGUAUGGAAGGCUGAGUUUGAACAGAACAGGACGGUCAACAGGAUAAAGAUAUUCUGGGCAGGUCAACAUGAUGACAUAACUGUGUCUGUAGGUAGCAAAACAUGUCACACCCCGGACUCCAACUACACAUGGAUGUCAGAAUACACCCUGGUCUGUGGUGUACCACUGACGGGAAGCAACCUCGUGAUGUAUCGCCAACCUACAGGAGGGAUGCUGCAUCUGAGUCUCUGUGAGGUGGAAAUAUAUGAUUUUGUAAAGGCAAUAUCCCUUUAA